GAAAGGACUGAGAGGCAGAGAGAGCUCGAGGGGAGUCGACUAAACAUCCAGCAGAGAAUCCAGGACGGAGAGAAAGAUGUGAAGCUGCUUCAGCAGGAGGUGGAGGCCAUCAAUCGCUCUGCUGACAGAGCAGUGGAGGACAGUGAGAAGAUGUUCACUGAGCUGAUCCAGAAAAGAAGCUCUGAUGUGAAGCAGCAGGUCAGGUCGCAGCAGGAAAGUGAAGUGAGUCGAGUCAAAGAGUUUCAGGAGAAGCUGGAGCAGGAGAUCACUGAGCUGAAGAGGAAAGACGCUGAUCUGAAGCAGCUCACACACACAGAGGACCACACCCAGUUUCUACAAAAUUACCCCGCACCUAUAGGUCCCAAAGGACCGAUAUACCUUCCUGCAAUCGACCCCUUUCGUCUGCGGCACUUUGAUGGAGUGCAAAAGGCUAUUUCAGAUUUCACAAACAAACUUACGGACAAUUUUUAUUGGAAAAACAUCUCACAUGCAGUGACUGAAGUGGAUGUUUUACUGUCACAAGAGCCCAAGACCAGAGGUGAAUUCUUAAAAUAUUCAUGCCAAAUUAAACUUGAUCCAAACACAGCAAACUCGCGUCUGUUAUUAUCCAAGAAGAACCGAAAAGUAACCUUCGCAGUAGCACAAGGUUACCCAAGUCACCCAGACAGAUUCACUACAAGUGUUCAGGUCCUGAGUAGAGAGAGUCUGACUGGACGUUGUUACUGGGAGGUGGAGAAAGGUACGGGAGGAGUUUUAGUAGUAGUAGCAUACAAAGACAAAAACCUUGUGGAUAAAACAUUUGGAAAUAAUGACACGUCUUGGGCAUUAGGUGUUUUCAAAAGUCGUUAUGAAUUCAAACAUAACAAUAUCACAACGUCUCUCUCAGGUCCUCUGUCCUCCAGAGUCGGAGUGUACCUGGAUCACACUGCAGGUAAUCUGUGCUUCUUCAGCAUCUCUGAAACCUUGACUCUCCUCCACAGAGUCCGGACCACGUUCACUCAGCCGCUCUAUGCUGGAUUACUUGUUAAUGGUCCCAUUGGAAACACUGCUGAGAUGUUCUGA